GGCCCCGGGCAGCUCCGGUAGGUUCGGCGUGCGCGGGUUUCUGCAGCUGUGGGGCGAGCUGGCACGUUACAUCACCGGUGCAUCUCUCCGUGCUUACUUAAGUUGCCGCCACUUAGGCCUCUAUUGCAGAAAUAGCCAUAGACUCUUAAGGGCCGCGGAAUCGGGACGGCCUUGGUGACUGGUUUUGCACACUCCCGGCAGAUCUGCGUGCACGAGUUGAAUGCAGACGUGGGUUGUAGGAGAUUUUAUUUUCCCCGGCUUUGCAGCUGCUGUUUGGCCCCGUUAGCGUCUCAGAACGGUCCUCCCCAGCCUCGACUGGAAGCCGAGAGGAGAAAACUCAAAAGCAAUUAUUCCUCUCUAGUGAGGCUUCCAGAGAAGCAAGAAUAGUGACGUGAUUACAUCUGCAGCCCCGUAGAGACUAGUCCCUCUGUCUUCCCCUCACAGUUGCGGCCUUCUACCUUUCCCGUGUUGUUUCAGUGCCGAAAUGAGUGACCGCUAUCUAGAACAAAGGAUUAGUAUCAAAUUUUGCGUGAAAUUGAACAAGUCUGCAAGUGAGACCCACCAUCUCUUAAAAGAGGCUUAUGGGGAUGAAGUCAUGUCAAGGGCCAGAGUUUUUGACUGGCACAAAAGGUUUAAAGAAGGGCGGGAAGAUGUUCGAGAUGAUGCCCGAAGUGGUCGUCCAGUCACCCACCGGACUGAUGAAAAUAUCCAGAAGGUCAAGGACUUGGUUUGUUCAAACAGGCAGUUAACGGUGAGAAUGAUGGCUGAAGAGUUAAAUUUAGAUAAAGAAACUGUUAGACUCAUUCUGAAAGAAAACCUGAAUAUGAGGAAAGUUUCUGCAAAAGUUAUAUCGGGUAUUUUGACAGAUGAGCCUAAACCUCGAAAACUCGACUUUCGGUCUGAUCUUUCCAAGGAAACUAGGAAAAAUAGCUCAUGUACCAGGAGAAAGGAUUGUCAUAUGCCACAGCUGAAAGUCCAAGAGGAAUAGACACCGUCCAGGGCAGAUCAUCCCAUCCUUGAUUUUAUCCAAUUCUUCCUCCACCCAUCACCCCGCCCUACCUUGCUCCUCCUGUCCUACUGGUAAUGAGCAAAAACGGAAAUACACCAAUCUUUGAUUUUGAAAAACAUGGAUAGUUCUGCAGUCUUCUGAAUUCUUCCUCUGGCUCUGAAUUCUCAUCGAAAUGUUAUUGUUUAGGAAGAAUGUGUACCCGGGGCCUGCUUUCCAGAGCCUUCUUUUCAGAUUCAGUGCUUAGAGUUCACACAUCACUGGAGAUGCCCCAGUAAGUCUGGAGGCUAAAUGACUUGAGGACAUCUCGUAAAGGAGUGGGGUACUGUCGGGGAACUAUCUGUCACUGAAUCACGUAUACUGCUCAGCCAGCCUGCUAUUUGCAGACAUCAUUGCCAGCAAGUCUCACUGGGCUCGUUGGAUUGGGUUUCGCUGGGGUCCCAUGUGGCUCAAUUAGUAAGAGGUUCCUUUGCUGCUGGAACUGUGUAACUGCGUUCUCCAAUGGCUUCUUGGUUGGCUUAGACUUCUCAGAUUUUACCAGGCUUUUACAUCCUCUAUGAGGCAGCCCUCCUGUAUUUAUCUUCUCUAGUCUCUGCUUUAUCAGAUCCUUGCAAAUACUGUCCCAGUGCAUCACCCUUCUCCCAGUAUUACUAUCCAGAAACAAAAAAUGUAUAGUUGGAAACUUCAGUACCUCCAAGGACCCACUUGGGUCUAGUGAAGGGGUCAGCAAACUUUUUCUAUAAAGGAAGUGUCUUAGGAUUUGUGGGCUGUACCGUCUCUGUUGUAACAAUUCAACAUUUUAUUGCAAAAGCAGACAUAGCUAAUAUGGAAACAGAUGAGCAUGGCUGUGUCCUAAUGAAACUUUAUUUAUGGAUACUGGAAUAUGAAUAUCAUGUAAUUUUCACAUGUCACGAAAUAUUUUGAUUUUUCUUCAACCAUUUAAAAAUGUAAAAAGCCAUUCUUAGACUUCUUAGCCUGCACACCAUAGAAAAACAGAUGGUCAGCCAGAUUUCGCCCAUGGACCAUAGUUUGCCGACCCCUGGUCUAGUGUAUAUAAAGUGUGUAUAUAAAAUGACAGAUGAUGGAUCAUUGAGCCAGCAGUGUCUAACAAUUUACUAUAUAUAAAUUGUGCAAUAUUGAAGGGAAUCUUUGGUACCAGGAGAGUGAACUAAAGCUGAAUGAUUGACUACAUUACCUUGACCGUAUUCUGGUUCACAAAAUGAGUUUUGUGCUGUUUUUGACUAAAAAUGACGUUACACAAACUACUACCUAUUACACCCUUGUAACAUCUCAAAAACAAUUUUGGCAAUACUGCAAAUGGUGCCAAGUUACAACCAGCAAUAAUAGAAUGAACUUAAGGUGGUUCCAAAUUGCUGUGCCCAUGGGGGCAGCAAUUGAAAAGUUUAUGUUAUCACCUAUGAAAGUGACUGUUAUGGAGGUGAGCUCACUGAGCUAUAUUUUUUUGCAUGCUUGUAAAAAAAAUACAUAUAUAUAUAUUUGCAAAUUGUGCCAAGGGUAUGUCCUUUUAGGUGUGUUUUCUUGUUUUUCUGCUAAAGACAACUGUAUUGUGUCACCUUAAACUGAUUUUUCCAAAGUUGAAAUAGAAUCUCCAGAUUGAAUAGACCUUUACAAGUGUAAAGGUUCAAUCCAGCCAGUCAUGUUUCUUUCCGGGAGUAACUAAAUCCUACAGCUGCUGAAAAAAUGCAUCUGAAAGAAGAUUCUGUGUUAAUUCAAUAAAUUUUUAUUGAGUGGCUGUAUGUGCCAGGCACUGUCCUGUGUGCUGGGGUACAGCAAUGGACAAAGCAGACACAGGCCUUAGAUCUGACAGUCUGAAAUCUAAUUAUAUUACUCUUCACUUUUGCAAAACUUCUGUUCCGUAUGCUUACACUAACUCAUUGUUAAUUGCGUACCUGGAAAUAGGUAUGACCUUUGCCACAGGCCUCUGUGCUAUGGUCAUAAUGCCUUUCCAACUGCGUUAAUAAUUUGAGGACUGUGUGUUCCACUUAAAUUUUAUUAUCCUUUACACAGAACUGUAUUGGUAGAAAAAUACACUGGCAAUGUUGAAAGUGUAAAUUGGCAACAGCUUUCUGAAAAGCAAUUUGGCAGUAUCUAUCAGGAGCUUUAAAAAUGCUUAUAUCUUCUGAUCCCCUAAUUCCACUUCUGGGAAUCUGUCCUAAAGAAAUAGUCUAAAAUGUGGGCAAAAUUUAUGCUUAAUAAUCCAGAAGUCCAACAGUAGAAAAUUGGUUAAAUAACUUACAGUAUGGCUAUACAAUAGACUAUUAUGGAGUUGUUAUAAUUAAUAUUUAUGAAGAGUUAAAACCGCAUGGCAAAUGCUUAUAAUGUUAAGUGAAAAGAGUGGUAUACAAAAUUGUAUAUGUAAAUCCAAAAAUGUUUUUAAAAUGACUAGAAGGGAUAUGCGAACUGGGUGGUUGGAUUAUGAGCGUUUUUAAAAUUGUCCUGUUUCUUUUAAAGGUUAUUUCUCCAAAAUAUUAUUACUUUUAUUAUCAGAAUAAAACAAUAGCACCAAAGGUUGGCAAGGGAGAGAGUGAGGCGAAACCCGAGUUUGGUCGAUGAACAGUUAACUGGCUGGGUCGACGUGGAGGCUGUAUGAUAUUGUGUUGAUAGCAGGAGUGGGACAGAAGGGAGAAGAGCCUGCCCCCCAGGAGAAGGGGAUGUGACCAGAAUCCCUACAAAAACCAAAGUGGUAUGAGAAGGCACCACGAGUGACAGGCUCCUAUUAUGUAGUCCUAGGUAGGUAAAAGAGCACAUGUGGAUCAAGUAUAUUUGGACAAAUGGGAAAGGAUAUGAAAUACUCUCCUGGGUCAAAUUGACCUCAUUCUUGCAUUCUCUCAUUCAAAAUGGAUAUUCUCGAGAUGGAUUUUAUUACAGCUGAUUCUCUGAAGAAUCCUUGAGCUUCCGUAUAAUUUCUUUAGGAUAGAAAUGGUUUUCGAUGUGCCAAGUCUACCUCCUCCCAUACUGAGACACUCAAGCAACACGGAUGUACACAGGAAUAUUUGGUAUUCCACACUGAGAAUACCAUUGCUUAUCAUUAGUCAUCUUAAUGUGGUAACUUAUAAAACUCUAAGGUUUGCAGAUGUUAUUUUGUUGGUGUCCAGAAUUACUGUGCUUUUUAUUUAUGUCUGAAGAGUAAUCAGGUUAUGAGAUUUUAAAGUGAGAAAUGAUGUAGAUAAUGCCUAUCCAUAGAUGAAAUUGUUAUUAUGUUAGGAAAAUGUGUCCUUCAUUGUUGCUUUAGCAAAAUGUUUGUCAUUAAAAUGCCAAAUAUAGCUCCUUGGUAACAUUUCAAACUUUCAAAUGGGCAUACAAGGUAAAUACAUGUUUUAUAGGCAUAGAGAUUAUAGAUUUGUCAAACUGGAAGACUUCUCCAGGACUGAAGUCUAAGCCUGAACCUCUUGGUCUAUAGAAAGAACAAGAGGGAGACUUAGGUAUUAGUUCCAAUUCCUUAAUGAACCAUGUGACUUUGGGCAGUUCAUUUGCACCCUUGGAGCACUUCAGUUUACUCAUCUAUAAAAGGAGAAUAAUAA